AUGUCGCCGCGGGGUUAUUUGCAGCCAAUUCCGGUUUAUUUUUACCGCCGCUCCCUCCCUGCCGCCCCCCGUGGGCGCCGCCGCGUCCCCGGUCACCGCCACCCCCGGUCACCGCCACCCCCGGUCACCGCCACCCCCGGGCGCGGCGGCCGCGGCCGCCCCGCGGGGGGUGCCCACCGUGCCAGGCUGCUGGUGGGAGCCCCCCGAGCGCGGGCGCUGCCCGGCCAAGGCGCCAACCGGAGCGGGGCCCUGUUCGCCUGCCCGCUGAGCACCGGGACCGCCGACUGCCGCCGGGUGCCCAUCGACGAGGGAGUGGACCCGCAGAGCGAGAGCAAAGAGGAGCAGUGGCUGGGGGUCAGCGUCAAGAGCCAAGGGCCCGGCGGGAAGGUCGUGACCUGCGCUCACCGGUACGAGGUGCGGCACCGCGUGGCGCAGCCGCUGGAGACGCGGGACGUGAUCGGGCGCUGCUUCGUGCUGAGCCAGGACCUGCGGCUGCGGGACGAGCUGGACGGCGGCGAGUGGAAGUUCUGCCAGGGCCGCCCGCAGGGCCACGAGCGCUUCGGCAGCUGCCAGCAGGGCCUGGCGGCCAACUUCAGCCCCGACCGCCGCUACCUGCUGCUCGGGGCGCCCGGCACCUACAACUGGAAGGGCACCCUGCGCGUGGAGCGGCUCCCCCGGAGCCCCCUGGAGCUGCUGCUGCCGGACUCGGGCCCCUUCGAAGCGGGGGGGGAGAAGGAGCGGGACCCCUCCCUCAUCCCCGUGCCCGCCAACAGCUACCUCGGGUUCUCGGUGGACUCGGGGCCGGGCCUGACGCGGCGGCAGCAGCUCAGCUUCGUCACGGGCGCGCCCCGUGCCAACCACACGGGCGCCGUGGCGAUCCUGCGGCGGGACGGUGCCAACCUGCUGCGGGCAGAGGCGCUGCUGCCCGGGCACCAGCUCAGCUCCGCCUUCGGACACGCGCUGGCGCUGCUGGACCUCAACAGCGACGGGUGCGGGCACCGGCCCCGCACCGCGGAGCCCGGGUCCCGCACCGCGGAUCUCGGGUCCCGCAUCUCGGGGAGCGUGGAGCUGCCGCGGCAGCGCGAGCGGCGCUGCGUGCCCGCCACCUUCCGCCUGCACGACGAGAUCCGGGACAAGCUGCGGCCCGUGGGGGUCAGCCUGGCCUUCGCCAUCGCCGGGGGGGCAGUCCCAGGGGUGAGGGUGGCACUGCCACCUCUCCGAGUGCCCAGGGAUGUCCCCAAGGCAGUGACAGGGGUGAGGGUGGCACUGCCACCUCUCGCUGGGCGCCCGCGGUGUCCCCACGGUGGCUGUGCCCGCAGGGACGAGGCUGGCACUGCCAUCUUCGCCGUCAGCGAGCAGAAGGACGUGGCGCUGGAGGUGCUGGUGACCAACGAGCCCUCGGUGCCCGCGGAGCCGCAGCGGGACGGGGACGAUGCCCACCAGGCGCUGCUGGCCGCCGCCUUCCCCCCGGAGCUGCCCUACGCCGCCCUGCGCAGCGACGGGCACGGGGACAAGGUUCUGUGCUUGGCCAACCAGAACGGCUCCAGGGUGGAGUGCGAGCUGGGGAACCCCCUCAAACGGGGGGCCCAGNNNNCCUUCUUCCUCAUCCUCAGCACCCCCCCCAUCUCCAUCCACACCACGGAGCUGGCGGUGCGGCUGGAGCUGUCCACCACCAGCGAGCAGCCGGGGCUGGAGCCGGUGGUCGCCCGCGUCCGCGUGGUCAUCGAGCUGCCCCUGGCCGUGAUGGGCGUGGCCGUGCCCCCCCGGGUGUUUUUUGGGGGGCAGGUGGUGGGGGAGAGCGCGGUGAAGAGGGAGAGCCAGGUGGGGAGCGCCGUCAGCUUCGAGGUCACGGAGUUCCUGGGCGUGCAGCACCUGGAGCUGAUCGUGCGCGCCGAGGUCUCGGUCACCUCACCCCACGGCAACGUCCUCGUCAGGGACCCGGUGGCGCAGAUGUCGCUGUCGGUGCACGCGGAGCCGGGCGUGGCCGUGCCCGCUGUCCCCAAUGUCCCAAUGACCCCUAUGUCGCUGUCGGUGCACGCGGAGCCGGGCGUGGCCGUGCCCACUGUCCCCAAUGUCCCAAUGACCCCUCGUGACCCCGUGCCCCCGCAGAUGUCGCUGUCGGUGCACGCGGAGCCGGGCGUGGCCGUGCCCGCCGUGCCCUGGUGGGUUCUGCCGCUGGCGGCGCUGCUGGGGCUGGCGCUGCUGGGGCUGCUGGUGCUGGCGCUGCGCAAGGUGAGGGCGCCGCGACACAUCCCGGGAUACGUCGGGAUAUAUCCCGGGAUAACUCGCGAUAUAUCCCGUGAUACCUCGCGAUAUAUCCCAGGAUACGCGGGGUUUUUCCGCCGCGCGCCGCCGCCGGCCGUGCCGCGCUUCCGCGCCGUGCGCAUCCCCCGGGAGCAGCGGCCGCAGGCCAGCGACGGCCGCACCGGCACCGUCCGGCGGCCGCACUGGGCGGCCGGAGCCGCCGAGAGCCCCGGCGCCGCGCCCGCAACGGCCUGA